ACGUAAGAAAGAGGAUGACAUCCCAACGUGAGGAAAAAGCCUCGUCAGUGUAACCACCUAAACUCAGACCUUAGGAAAACAGAACAAAGUGAACAACCUCUGAGUGAGUGUGUCAAGAGAGAGAUGGCGGCGGAAGUGCCGUGCUGUGGAACAAAGUUUUCACUGUACGUGUUGGUGAUAAUAGGGUUGGUGUGUUUUGCUGGCCUUAUGGCUGGUCUCACUUUGGGACUCAUGUCUUUGGGCAUCGUCGACCUCGAAGUUCUCAUGAAAUCUGGUCGUCCUCAGGAUCGCAUCCAUGCGGCGAAAAUUUAUCCAGUGGUUAAGAACCAGCACCUUUUGCUUUGCACGCUUUUAAUUGGAAACUCCUUAGCCAUGGAGGCUCUUCCCAUUUUUCUUGAUGCACUCGUGCAUCCUGCCGCAGCAAUCUUGAUUUCGGUCACCCUUAUUCUCAUGUUUGGCGAGAUAUUGCCGCAAGCAAUUUGUACAAGAUAUGGAUUAACGGUUGGGGCAACACUAGCCCCGUUUGUUCGUGUUCUUCUUGUAGUUUUCUUCCCCGUCUCUUAUCCCAUCAGCAAGGUUCUUGAUUGGAUGUUGGGUAAAGGACAUGCUGCCCUUUUAAAGAGGGCAGAGCUCAAAACUUUUGUGAAUUUUCACGGGAAUGAGGCUGGAAAAGGAGGGGAUUUAACUCAUGAUGAGACAACCAUCAUAACUGGUGCGCUUGAAUUGACUGAGAAGACUGCAAAAGAUGCCAUGACUCCCAUAUCAAAGGCAUUUUCCCUUGAUCUGGAUGCAACUCUAAAUUUGGAGACACUGAAUUCAAUAAUGACAAUGGGUCAUAGUAGAGUUCCAGUUUAUGCCGGAGAGAAAACAAAUAUUAUUGGACUUGUUCUGGUUAAAAAUCUCUUUAUGGUUGAUUCAAAGGCUGCAGUACCUCUACGAAAAAUGACCAUCAGAAAAAUUCCUCGCGUUUCAGAGAACAUGCCUCUGUAUGAUAUACUGAAUGAAUUUCAGAAGGGUCACAGUCAUAUUGCAGUUGUAUAUAGGGAUCUAAACAAUAAAAACGAAGCCCCCGAAAAGGUUAAAGAUGGGGAACAACUUGAUCUCGAGGACAGUGUUAAGAAUAAAGGAGAAAACACACCCUUGGAUAAAGGUGCUAAAUUGGAGUCACGCAAUACUUUGAUCACCGAUGCUAAGAUUGAUGGUGCUCCACAAACAAAGAAAAGUCCACCAGCAACUCCUGCUUUCAAAAAGCGACAUAAGGGUUGUUCAUAUUGCAUCCUGGACAUUGAAAAUGCUCCCCUACCACUGUUUCCACCCAAUGAAGUGGUUGUUGGUGUUAUUACAAUGGAGGAUGUCAUUGAAGAGCUUCUUCAGGAGGAGAUACUUGAUGAAACUGAUGAAUAUGUCAACAUCCAUAACAAGAUAAAAGUUAACAUGAAUGCUUCUAGGGAGAAGGCUCCUGAUGCAAAACUGUUACAGCCUUCUCUAGCAGUUCAAGGACACACACCAACUAAUUCAAUUUCUACAGCAACUUCUGUAACAGGCUCGCCUACCACAAUUGAUCAAAUCUCUGAAAGUGAGUCACUCAGAAAUCAAUAGUUCAUUUAGAAUAAGAUAAUAACAUAGGUUUGUGUUGAAAACGAAGAGCAGUAUAUAGUUUCUUGUAAAAAAACUCCCUGUAUGAUAUUAUGUUAAUAUAGAGAAGGGAACAUUCCGAUAGCGCUUGGCUCACAAAACCAAACAGAAUGGAAUUAUUCCGUUUUGUUCUGUUCAUUUUGGAAAACCUUCAAUGAAAGUGGAAUCAAAAUAUACCACUUCUAAUAUCUGAUCUAGUUCUUUUUUAUUUUUAAAAUGUUCUAAACAUAAAAACAGAAUUUGUC